AUGCAUAUUCUUGUCGUUAAUGACGACGGUCCUCCGUCGAAUCAAUCAUCGCCAUACGUCCAUUCUCUGGUGACGGCCCUUCAAGAUGCUGGGCAUUUGGUGUCAGUGGUUUUGCCUCACGUCCAGAGAUCCUGGAUAGGAAAAGCACACAUGGUUGGUCACACUUUGACUCCGACGUACUACCGCCCUGGCUCCGUGUUGAAGGACGACGGCAUCACCUCGGACCGACCAUUUAACGAUGGCGGAGAGGAGUGGAUCUUGGUAGACGGCACACCAGCCAGCUGCGUCCAGAUCGGGCUUCAUCAUUUGUUCAAGGACAGAGGUCCAAUCGACCUUGUAGUUAGCGGUCCCAAUUAUGGUCGCAACACUACUGCUGUCUUUGCUCUGUCCAGCGGAACCAUUGGUGGCGCAAUGGAAGGCGCAAUGAGUGGUGUGAAAAGUAUUGCCUUGUCUUAUGCUUUCGACUCGAGGGAGCACGAUCUCGAGGUUAUCUCAGCGGCUUCGAGGCUGAGCACUCGCCUGAUGGAAAAGCUGACCAAAGAUUGGCCGAACGACGUGCAUCUGUACAGUAUCAACGUCCCUCUGCGGAAAGGGGUCGAGGACAGAACAAUUGUCUAUGCUGAAAUGAUACAAAACCGAUGGCUUAGCGGCAGCUCCUUCACGGAAUUGGCCGAGGAGGAAGACAACGAGAACCCAAACGUGGAGGAGCAGAUAAUUCGUGAAGGUGGUGAAGCUGACGGAAACAACAACAACAACAACCGCGUGACAAGGAGAGCUCAUCGCAGAUUCAAGUGGUCCCCGAACUUUGCCGACGUCCGGCAGGCGGUCAACGAUGCUGGCAAGGGAGACGGUUGGGAGGUGCUCCAAGGUAACAUCACGGUCACUCCACUGAUCGCGAAUUUCUGGCACUUACCUCACUACACCGGCGAAAUCAAGCUAGAUGAUGCUCGUUCAAGCUCAAUAGCAUACAAUAUAGAACCGAAUUCUCCGCCCGUAUACGCGCUCAUUGAUUACCCGGAUACCUAUGUGCAACCUCUCAUUUUGGCUGCCCUUGAGCAGUUAGCUCCUUUGCCUCUCAGGCGCAUUUCUAACAUGAGUGACUUGCCAAACCCUGCAGACCGCGUCUUACAAUUCACUGCGUACGAGAAGAUUGACUUCGAGCAUGCCAUGCAGCACUCACAAACCUGUCUUGUUUGCUCCUAUGUCAUUCGAAAAGCGUUGAUCCGCAAGCACUAUCUGUCCAAUACAGUGUCUACCUGGCUCGUCAAACACCCGAGUAGCAUCCUGGCAAAGCAUUUCAAGCCGUGUGUGCAUUUCGAACUCGACUACGCAGAAUUCCUGGAUGAGGCACUGGUGGAUGCAUGGGACCUGAACGAAAGCUUGGCGCAGAAUGAGAUGCAAGAGUUCGGCGGACAAAAACAAUGGUGGAUAUUGAAGCCCGGCAUGAGUGAUGGUGGCAACGGCAUCAGGCUAUUCUCAACUAGCGCCGAACUUCAAGCCAUCUUCGAGGAAUGGGAGAAAGACGCGCCCGAUGCGGACGCCGAGAGUUCGAACGAAGAGGACGAGUCUUCUGGUGACCCAGGGAGCAAACAAGGCGAAUCUGCUGAUGGUAACGCAAUGACAUCUCAACUGAGGCAUUUCAUCGCUCAACCCUAUAUCGACCCCCCUUUACUGCUCGAAUCCUAUGGGGGUCGAAAGUUUCACAUCCGGGCCUACGUGUUGGCGGCUGGAGCUCUGAAGGUGUAUGUGUACAAGGAGAUGCUGGCUCUUUUCGCAGCCAAAGGCUACCAGUCACCCGCUUCUGCCGCAGAUCUCGAGAUACUCGACCUAGCACAACAUCUAACAAAUACCUGCUUUCAAGAUGAGGCGACCAAAAGCUCCUCUGUCUAUCGGUUCUGGGAUCUCGAAUCUACUGGGAUGUGCGCAAACUGGAAGGACACCAUAUUCCAACAAAUCUGCGACAUAACUGGUGAGGUGUUCGAGGCGGCAGCUCGUGAACAGAUGAUCCACUUCCAAGCGGUACCGAACGCUUUUGAAAUCUUUGGUGUGGACUUCCUGGUCGACCAGGAUUGUAACGUGUGGCUGCUGGAACUAAAUGCCUAUCCUGACUUCAAGCAGACAGGGCAGGAUCUCCAGGACGCUGUGGUCGGUGGGCUUUUCCAAGCAGUCACCAGGGUUGCAAUCGCGCCAUUCUUUGGUCUCUCUGAGUCUGGAGCGGUACAGAUGCCCCUAGUAAGAUCGAUCAAUCUCGGCCGAUGCUGA